CCCGGCGCGGCUGCAGCAGCUCCCGAGCCUCGACGGCUCCCGCCUCGAAAAGUCCGCCGGGCUUCCCUCAAGCAAGCGCUUUGCUUUUUGCUCCCUUUCCCGGGGCCGUCGGAAGUUUCUUGGCUUCAAAGGGCUCUCGCUCGCUCCCGCUCGCAGCCAUGCCGGUCUUCCACACCCGCACCAUCGAGAGCAUCCUGGAGCCCGUGGCCCAGCAGAUCUCCCACCUGGUCAUCAUGCACGAAGAGGGCGAGGUGGACGGCAAGGCCAUCCCGGACCUCACCGGCCCGGUGGCCGCCGUGAGAGACGCCGUCAGCAACCUGGUCCGGGUGGGAAAAGAAACCGUUCAGACAACCGAAGACCAGAUUUUGAAGAGAGACAUGCCACCAGCAUUCAUCAAAGUGGAAAAUGCUUGCACAAAACUUGUCCAGGCAGCUCAGAUGCUCCAAACGGAUCCUUAUUCAGUCACUGCUCGCGAUUACCUGAUCGAUGGGUCCCGAGGAAUCCUUUCGGGGACGUCGGACUUACUUCUGACCUUUGAUGAAGCCGAGGUCCGUAAAAUCAUCCGCGUCUGCAAAGGAAUUCUGGAAUACCUCACAGUGGCUGAAGUGGUGGAGACAAUGGAAGACUUGGUGACCUACACAAAGAAUUUGGGACCAGGAAUGACAAAGAUGGCCAAGAUGAUUGACGAGCGGCAGCAAGAACUAACUCACCAAGAGCACCGAGUCAUGCUGGUCAACUCUAUGAACACGGUGAAGGAUCUCCUCCCCGUCCUUAUUUCAGCAAUGAAGAUUUUUGUAACAACUAAAAACUCUCAGAGCCAGGGAAUUGAGGAAGCCUUGAAAAACCGCAAAUUUACAGUGGAUAAGAUGAGUACAGAAAUAAAUGAAAUAAUCCGUGUAUUGCAGCUGACUUCCUGGGAUGAGGAUGCUUGGGCCAGCAAAGACACGGAAGCCAUGAAGAGAGCUCUGGCUUUAAUCGAUUCCAAGAUGAACCAGGCCAAGGGGUGGCUGAGGGACCCCACUGCUCCCGCAGGGGACGCUGGUGAACAAGCCAUAAGACAAAUCCUGGAUGAAGCAGGAAACGUUGGAGAAUUGUGCGCAGGUAAAGAACGCCAGGAGAUUCUAGGCACUUGCAAAAUGUUGGGCCAGAUGACGGAUCAACUAGCUGAUCUUCGGGCCAGUUUAUUUAACAGCUGUUUCUUUUCCCCCAAUAGUGGGAAAGGCGACUCUCCAGAAGCCCGGGCAUUAGCCAAGCAAAUAGCAACAUCACUUCAGAAUUUGCAGUCCAAAACCAACAAAGCUGUUGCCAACAGCAGACCCGUCAAGCCGGCUGUUCAUUUGGAAGGCAAGAUUGAGCAAGCUCAAAGAUGGAUAGACAACCCUAGCGUGGAUGAUCGAGGUGUAGGCCAGGCUGCCCUCCGGGGACUGGUGGCCGAAGGGCGCCGCCUUGCCAACGUCAUGAUGGGGCCCUACCGCCAGGACUUGCUCGCCAAGUGUGACCGGGUGGAGCAGCUCACUGCCCAGCUGGCUGAUUUGGCUGCAAGAGGGGAAGGGGACUCACCACAAGCCAGAGCCGUGGCUCUUCAGCUGCAGGAAUCGCUGAAGGAUCUUAAAUCGAGGAUGCAAGAAGCGAUGACCCAGGAAGUAUCGGAAGUGUUCAGUGAUACCACCACCCCAAUCAAGCUGUUGGCAGUAGCAGCCACUGCUCCUCCAGAUGCCCCCAACAGGGAUGAGGUCUUUGAAGAAAGGGCAGCCAACUUUGAGAACCACGCAGCGAGGCUGGGGGCGACGGCGGAAAAGGCGGCAGCCGUUGGGACAGCCAACAAAAGUACCGUGGAGGGCAUCCAAGCGACUGUGAAAUCAGCAAGAGAACUGACACCUCAGGUGGUGUCUGCCGCUCGCAUCCUCCUGAAGAAUCCUGGAAAUCAAGCCGCUUAUGAACAUUUUGAAACCAUGAAGAACCAAUGGAUCGAUAAUGUGGAAAAAAUGACAGGCUUAGUAGAUGAAGCCAUUGACACCAAAUCCCUCUUGGAUGCCUCCGAGGAAGCCAUUAAAAAAGACCUGGACAAGUGCAAAGUGGCAAUGGCCAACGUUCAGCCCCAGAUGCUGGUUGCGGGGGCCACCAGCAUUGCCCGGCGAGCUAACCGUAUCCUGCUGGUGGCCAAGAAAGAGGUGGAAAACUCGGAAGAUCCUAAAUUCCGUGAAGCUAUUAAAGCUGCCUCGGAUGACCUGAGCAAGACCAUUUCGCCAAUGGUGAUGGACGCGAAAGCCGUGGCAGGCAACAUCUCUGACCCUGGUUUGCAGAAGAAUUUUCUUGAUUCUGGAUACAGGAUACUAGGAGCUGUAGCCAAAGUCCGAGAAGCCUUCCAGCCGCAGGAGCCAGAUUUCCCCCCUCCUCCUCCGGACCUCGAGCAACUCCACCUCACCGAUGAACUUGCUCCUCCGAAGCCCCCUCUGCCUGAAGGGGAGGUUCCUCCCCCCCGCCCCCCGCCCCCUGAAGAGAAGGAUGAAGAGUUCCCAGAGCAGAAGGCCGGAGAGGUGCUUAACCAACCCAUGAUGAUGGCUGCCAGGCAGCUUCACGACGAAGCCAGAAAAUGGUCCAGCAAGCCCGAAGUGACCGGUGGGGGUAAGGAAGCCCCCGCUGAGACUGGCCCAGGUGUAGCUCGGGAGGAGGCGGAGGAGGAAGUAGAAGCUGAAUUCACCCUCCCCUCCGACAUGGAAGAUGAUUACGAGCCUGAGUUGUUACUCAUGCCAACCAACCAGCUUGUUAACCAGCCCAUUCUGGCCGCGGCUCAGUCACUGCACCGGGAAGCAACCAAGUGGUCCAGUAAGGGGAACGACAUCAUUGCCGCUGCCAAGCGCAUGGCCUUGCUGAUGGCCGAGAUGUCCCGCUUGGUGAGAGGGGGAAGCGGGAACAAGCGCGCACUCAUCCAGUGCGCGAAAGAUAUCGCCAAGGCUUCUGACGAGGUGACCCGUCUGGCUAAAGAGGUGGCCAAACAGUGCACAGACAAGAGGAUCCGAACAAACCUUCUGCAGGUUUGUGAACGAAUCCCAACCAUCAGUACUCAGCUGAAAAUCCUGUCCACUGUCAAAGCGACCAUGUUGGGGCGGACCAGUAUCAGCGAUGAGGAAUCUGAGCAGGCCACCGAGAUGUUGGUCCACAAUGCCCAGAACCUCAUGCAAUCCGUCAAGGAAACUGUCCGAGAAGCCGAAGCAGCGUCUAUUAAGAUCCGGACGGAUGCUGGAUUCACCUUACGAUGGGUCAGGAAGACCCCGUGGUACCAGUAAAAGGCCUGCUCCCCUCCCCAAGCGUGUUUUUUUUUUCCUACGAGAAACCUCUCUUCUGCAGACCACCUGAAGGUGCUGCCAAGGUUGACACCGGGGACUUCAGAAACCCCCACCUUGAGGGUUGGUUUUUUUAAAAAAGUAAUGCGCUGGGCUGCUUUGGGUAUCUAAUCUCACUUUAGCUCGUCUCCAGACUUUUCCCUUCUCUUGGCUUUUGAUUUUUCUUUUAAAUUUUUUUAGAAACACUAUUUCAACCCCGGGUCUUCCCUCCUCUACCUCUGUCACAAUUGUGUGGUUUGUUUGUUUUCCUCUAUGCAACGCACCAAGGGUUUUGUUGAAGCAUAAUCUGAAACUUUGGGCCAUCUUCGUUGGCUUAGUUGUUCAUUGUGAGGGACAAUCAGGAAACCAAUAGUUCAGAUUAUCAGUUCGCUGCUUUUACGUUUAUUUUUUGUAUGUGUGAGAAGACGCUAAAUUUAAUUUUAUCCUGGGAAAAGCACCUUUCUUUUGGUAGAAGGGAGUGAGUUUAGCAAAUCAAAAGUUGCCGCCCCCUCCCCCCCCCAUGGCAAUCUCUAAACAAGGCUUUGUGGAAUAAUUUUCCACAGCUACCAAGUUUCAUCAGCACAAAAAACUCCUAUGCCAGAGACAGAGAUCGUUUCUAUAGUAGCCAACUAGAGAAAUGCACUCAAACACUGGAGGCUUUCAAGAAGAGACUGGACUGCCAUCUGUCAGAAAUGGUGUAGGGUCUCCUGCUUGGGCAGGGGGUUGGACUAGAUGACCUACAAGGUCCCUUCCAACUCUGUUAAUCUAAAAGUGAUCAGUUUAGGAUUUUCUGAAUAGUUAGGCUUCUUACCACCAAAAUUUGAUUUGACCGUAUAAAGGAUUUCUCUCUUUUGCUAAACCAGAGGAGAAGCGUGGAGGUACAAUAGUUAAAAUUCAGUGGAUUUCAGAAAUAAUCCACUUUGGACUUUAUGAAGCACUAGCAAAUCCAGCUGCUAUUGUUUGGAUCUGCUUCUGUAUGAAUGGCUUGUGCAUUCACCCAGAAAACACUGCGGAUUUGGGGAUGUAGCCCUUGGCAUUGAUGACAGGGUUGGGUGGCACAUGUUUACCGAUUCACUUUUCUUACACCACCUUAGUGUUCGCCUUCUCUUCCUUGGUGUAGUUCAAAACUAAAUUUGAAGGGAUUGCCUUUUCACGCCUUCUCUUCAAAUGCCAAGAUCCAGAAAAGCAGAUUUCUCACUCUUUCCUGGCUACAAGGUACUCACAACAAUUGCCAUUUUGGAUCUUGGCUGCCAGGGUUAGGGUUGCUUUACCCUGCCUUGCCUUGCCUUUUCAGUCUGCGUGAACUCAGUAGGAAGAGAGGAUUUUAAAUGGCCUUCCUGGCACCUUUGGCGAGAGGCUCGUAGCUCAGCCUUUCAAGCGUGAGAGCUUCUUAAAUCACUACCGUUUAAUAGCUUGACUUUGUAUUAAUGCAAUAUUAUUAAUGCCUUUUGAUUACAUAAAUUUAUACCAAAGAUUUAGCUUUUGUUAAGGGAUGUUUAAAGGAAAGUUUUGAAUUGUAUUUGACUUGGGAGGGUCCUUCAGAAUGUUUACUAAACCUUUGUAAAUGUUUAAUAUCCUCUACUACACCUUAUGCAAUUGUGCUUUCCUAAAUACUCCUGUCCAUCAAAUUGAAUGUCAGGAGCAUUUUGCCACUACUUUCCUUUGUAAACCAGAAUGAUGUUGUAUAUGCUAAUAUUUUUGACUUUCUCUGUUCUGGUCAAAUAAAAUGAAAACGCAUUUCUAUAAAAUACUUCCAGUGGAUUAAUUUUUUUAUGACAGUACUUUUAAACAGAUCCAGACUAACUUUUCAUGAUCUUAUCUGUAGAACUUGGCAAUAAAUGAUGAUAAGAGGACUAUUUGCAUUUCCCUUGAGGGAAUUAAAAUAAUUAUAAAUACAUGAUUCUCUCUGCCAUUACAAUAAGAAAUAAAGGUAUAUUUACCCCACAGAACAAUGCACCUAACAU